UGGUAUGUGAUCUCCAAGUUUUCAGACUGGAAAGAGCCCGGGACGCAGAGCCCGAGCUCAGAGGACUGGCUGACUAGUCGAGAGGAGGACCGGCAACAGGCACGUUUACCAGUCAGCAGCAACAGUCACUUUGGGAAAUAAUAGCAGCAGCAGAAGUAGCAAGAACAGCAGCAGCACCGUCCCACCGGUGCUUGAACAUGGAAGUACAAUAAGAAAAAGGACUCGAGCAAACUUCAAUCUAAGCGGCGUUUCGAGUCUCUCAGGAGGCUCCUCUUUUCUGUCAACAUGAAAGACGAUUUUGCAGAGGAGGAGGAGGUGCAGUCCUUUGGUUACAAGAGGUUUGGUAUUCAAGAAGGAACACAAUGUACCAAAUGUAAAAACAACUGGGCCCUGAAGUUUUCUAUCAUACUAUUAUAUAUUCUGUGUGCCUUGCUAACAAUCACAGUAGCUAUUCUGGGAUACAAAGUUGUAGAGAAAAUGGACAACGUCACAGGUGGCAUGGAGACUUCACAUCUAAGAUACAAUGAGAAACUUACAGAAGUGGAGAGUGGACUGAAGAAAUUAGGAGACCAAACUGGGCAGAAAGCUGUAAGCACCAAUACAGAACUUUCCUCCUUCAGAUCGGAUAUCCUGGACCUCAGACAACAACUUCAUGAGAUUACAGAGAAAACCAGUAAAAAUAAGGAUACACUAGAGAAGUUACAGGAGAGUGGGAAUUUACUGGAUGACAGGCAGAGUCAAAUGAAAGAAACACUGGAGAAUAACUCUUUCCUGAUCACCACUGUCAACAAAACCCUCCAAGCUUACAAUGGCUAUGUCAAUAAUCUGCAGCAUGACACAAGUGUUCUCCAAGGGAACUUACAGAGCCAAAUGCAUUCCCACAAUGUGGUCAUCAUGAACCUAAACAACCUGAAUCUAACACAAGUGCAGCAAAGGAAUCUAAUUAGCAGUCUGCAGAGGUCUGUGGAUGACACAAGCCAAGCUAUCCAGCGGAUUAAGAAUGAUUUCCAAAAUCUGCAACAGGUUUUCCUCCAAGCAAGGAAGGAUACUGAUUGGCUUAAGGAGAAAGUGCAGAACUUGCAGAUGCUGGCUGCCAACAACUCUGCCUUAGCCAAAGCUAACAAUGAUACUCUAGAGGACAUGAAUAGCCAACUUAACUCUUUCAAUGGUCAACUGGAUAAUAUCACUACUAUCUCACAAGCCAAUGAACAAAAUCUGAAAGACCUUCAAGACUACCACAAAGAGUCGGAGAAUAGAACCACCACCAAGUUUAAUCAGCUAGAGGAACGAUUUCAAAUCUUUGAAACAGAUAUAGUUAACAUUAUUAGCAAUAUCAGCUAUACAGCCCACCAUUUGAGGACGCUGACCAGCAACCUGAAUGAUGUCAGGACAACUUGUACAGACACUUUAACCAAACACACAGAUGACCUAACUGCUUUGAACAAUACACUGGCCAACAUUCGUUUGGAUUCUACAACUCUCAGGAUGCAGCAGGAUGUCAUGAGAUCGAGAUUAGAUAUUGAAGUCGCCAACUUGUCUGUGAUCAUGGAAGAAAUGAAGCUGGUAGAUUCCAAGCAUGGUCAGCUCAUCAAGAAUUUUACAAUACUACAAGGGCCUCCUGGUCCUCGGGGACCUAAAGGUGACAGGGGACCCCAAGGACCUCUUGGUCCAACUGGCAAUAAAGGACAAAAAGGAGAAAAGGGGGAGCCAGGACCGCCAGGCCCAACAGGUGAAAGAGGUCCAGUUGGGCCAAUCGGCCCUCCAGGAGAUAAAGGCAGUAAGGGCUCCAAAGGAUCCCCAGGACAAAAAGGACAAAGAGGAUCCCCCGGGAAGACUGGGCCCCCGGGACCAAGUGGAGACCCAGGCCCUCCAGGCCCCGCUGGCAAGGAUGGUGCUCCCGGCCCCCAGGGUCCUCCUGGCUUCCAAGGAUUACAGGGCACUGUGGGAGAGCCUGGAGUUCCUGGUCCCCGGGGACUUCCUGGACUACCUGGUGUGCCAGGCCUGCCGGGUCCAAAGGGCCCCCCUGGACCUCCGGGCCCCUCAGGAGCAAUGGCACCACUUGCUCUACAGAAUGAACCCACACCAGCACCAGAGCCUAAUGGAUGUCCCCCUCACUGGAAGAACUACACAGACAAAUGCUACUAUUUUUCAACAGAAAAAGAAAUUUUUCAUGAUGCAAAACUUUUCUGUGAAGACAAGUCUUCACAUCUCAUCUUCAUAAACACAAGGGAAGAACAGCAAUGGAUAAAAAAGCAGAUGGUGGGAAGAGAUAGCCUCUGGAUUGGCCUUACAGACUCUGAACAGGAGAAUGAAUGGAAGUGGCUCGAUGGAACUAUCCCAAAAUAUACAAACUGGAAAACUGGACAGCCUGAUAACUGGGGUCAUGGCCAUGGACCAGGAGAAGACUGUGCCGGACUAAUCUAUGCUGGGCAAUGGAAUGAUUUCCAAUGUGAGGAUAUUAACAACUUCAUUUGUGAAAAAGACAGGGAACCAGCAUCAACUUCUACAUUAUAAUAAGCUGUGAAAUGACAAAUAUGGACACAAAUUCUGGAUAUCUCCCAAAAGCAAAGGAUGUGCCUUUUUGACUAGAUCACUUUCUCACCCCAUGGAAAAAGAAAGCACUGAAAACUGGUUCAACAAAAAAUCCUGCUGCAAAUUUUUCUUCCCUCCCACCAUUACUCAAGGACUUGGGACCUAGUUGAUGGUCAGUGCAUAGCUGGAUGGAAUCCCAUAAUCUUUCUCAGCCAAUAACCAACCAAGUAUGUGAGUUCUCACUUCAGAAGCACAGGGAUACUCCAUUCUGAAUGAAUGCUUGUUAUUCAGCUAUAGGAAAAGCUUAAACAUCUACUGUGUAAACAGUGUGUUACAUUUGCUAAAAUCCCAAAUGUAGGAAAAUUAUACAGAUAUACAUAUAUAUAUAUAUAGUCCAAACUCUUAGUAAUAAUAUGGAAUAUACUUUUAAGAGCUUUUAAAACUUUGUAUUUUUGUACAAAAUAUUUGCUUUUUUAUAUAUAUUAUUUUCUUUUUUAUGGUCAUUUUACCAAUAUAGUACAUGAAGCCAAAGAAAACAAUAAUGGUACUAAUAAUAACUCAUAGAGUUUCUUGUCAGAUGCAGCUCUUCCCCGUGGUAAAGGAUGUUUCUCAGUUUUUUUUUUAAAUUACACACAUAUAUAUUUAUAUAUGUGUGUAUAUAUACAUAUAUACAUAUUAUAUAGAUGUAUAUAUAUGCAUAUAUAUAUAUAUAUAGUAUAUGGGUGUAUCAUUUCCCCAGGGAAUUCACUAACUUGAAAUAUCUUUAUAGACAUUGGCAAUGAGAAGUUUAUGAUUUUGUUCAGAUCUAGACAGCCAAAAAUGAUUAAAGCUGGUCUGUGUUGGUCAUAGGGCUUAUCAUUAAACAGUGAUUCUUCUCUGUUUCUUUUAAAAGAAGUGGCUGUCUAAAAGCUGUUUCUCAUUUCUUUGUAUUGGUGAUGUUGGUAGGAAGAUGUUCAUUGGAAAAUGUAGAAGGGUUCUAUUCCUGGCUCCAAAGAACUUCACUUAUAUUUCUAAGGAAGUGCCCAGUGUCCCAGGAACCUCAUAGCAGCAGGUGUUGCCUGCCAAGAGAUCCAAGCAUUAGUUCAGCCAAUCACAUUGUCUUUAGAAAGACAGAGAUAAACUAUGUGCUGCUGAAAUGUUUGGAUUUUUUGAAUCAUGUUUCAGAAAAAUUGUUUCCAAGUAUAUAGAUUCUGAAAUGUUGGGGGAAAAAAAUGAAAAGCCACUAAAUCACAGUCUUGAAAAUGAACUUUUCCCAGCCCCUCUCCCCUGUGAGCCUUUCUCUAAUCUUCUCUCAUUCAGAAAGCUAAAGUGAAAUAUGUCUAAAAUAGGGACCAGGCACUGCCCCUGCUCAAGAGUGAGGUCUCUACCCAUCAGAUAUUCUACCUUCCCUUCCCCAAAGAGCUGCUUAAGCAGUGCUGCUAUCUAUCUUAAAUAAAAAUUUUAAAGAAUAAAGAAAUAAUUCAAUUCUA